UAAAAUUUUAAAUUAUACAAGAUUUUCCGUAAUUAGAAUCGGGUGCAACGGGGCAUUUUCGCCGUUGAGGGAUGGAACGUAGCCGACUCCCGACCAAACGUAGCGGCAUCCCUACUUUGCAUUAAAAUCAGAGCGGUCAAACCGCACACAAGGCUUGACCCUUGUUGAAGCAGAAAUCAUUUUCUUUUGUCUCAAAAAUAUCUGCCAUUUGACUUUUUAUAUCCACAGACGCCCCCUAGUGGCUGAACCUUGAAGUGAUGCCUCCCUAUUGUGACAUUAUCGCUUUUCCCGCUCGUGUUUAGGAUGGACAGAAGUCAUUGUGCUGCUGUAAAAACAAUUGGCAAAAAUGUUGUUCUUUUGUGAAUGGAAAGAAUUGUUCCCUUUCACUUCACUCCGCACUACAAUUCCACUCGUGCGCAAAAAUAACCAAACCCACCUCAGCGGCUGUGUUCUUCAUUGCAAGCAGACGGUGUCGGGCUUCUUAUCUCAUCAAUAAAGGCACAAUCUGAAGCUUUAUGUUCUUUGCACGAGAGUGAUGUGAAAGGGUAAGGAGGGAGGGAGAGAGGGAAUCAGGGAGGAGAUAUAUGGAGAAGGAGGGAAUGAAGUGAGAGGAGAUUUUCUUUUUUUUUCUCAGACACACUCCUUCACUCAAGACGUCCGCGACUGCCCACACACACAAUUUGCUGCUUGUCAGACCUUUCCUCCCCCAUCACAAUGUCCCACGCCAUCUGCUCCAGCUGCCUCCUAUUCCUUUUCCUUCUGUCGCUCUGCGCUGCUGAGCCACGGCGCACCGUUUCCGGUCCGUCCAGGGUGGCGCGCGCACCUGCCGCCAAGGUGCGUCUGGCGGGAAACUCGCCACGAGAGCCUCACGAGGGACGCGUGGAAGUGCUGCAUAACAACACGUGGGGCACCGUGUGCGACGACGAGGUGGACAUCAACCUGGCCAAUGUGGUCUGUCGAGAGCUGGGCUUCCAGGGGGGCGUCACAUGGGCACACAGCGCCAAGUAUGGGGAAGGACAGGGUCCCAUAUGGAUGGACAAUGUUCGAUGCAACGGUUCCGAGAAAUCCUUGAAGGACUGCAAGCACAACGGCUGGGGGGUGAACGACUGCAAGCACUCUGAGGACAUGGGGGUGGUGUGCGCCACGGAGCGGAGGCGGGAGCAGACGACCGGCGCUGGAGACCACAGCAACGCCAUCAGCUCCAAUGGCAAUCCCUCGCCCCAGUGGCAAGGCCCGGUGGCUAGACGCAGGUACUCCGGAUACGGCUAUCACGGGAACGGACAUCCAUACGAGGUCCCCAGGAUCCAGAGGCAGCAACUUUACCAGGGUCACAGUAAGGUCCGAAUCGAGGAGGUGCGCCUGAGGCCUAUGCUCAUGUCGACCAAGAAGAAGACGUUGGUGACCGAAGGCGUGGUGGAAGUGAAGCACGCGGGGAGAUGGAGGCAGGUGUGCGACAUGGGCUGGAGUCUGAACAGCAGCAGAGUGGUGUGCGGGAUGCUCGGCUUUCCCGACGCCGCUCAGCCCAACCUCAAGAUGUACAAGAAAAUAUGGGACACCAAGGUGGCAGAUCCUUCAACAAGGCUGAGCCUCAUGUCCAAGAAGAAAGGAUUUUGGAUAGAGAAGGUCCACUGUCUGGGAAGUGAGAACACCUUGUCGGAGUGCCACGGUCAGCUGUCAAUCCCCCGUAGCCCCGCCCCCUGUAAGAACGGACGGCACGCUGUGGUCAAAUGUGUUCCGGGUCCUCAGUUUUCUCGGAUUUCCUCGGGAAGACCUCAAGCCCCGUACCCCGUUGUGCCGGUGCGUCUGAAGGCCGGGCCCAGGCUUGGCGAGGGUCGUGUGGAGGUCCUCCGAGAUGGAAAGUGGGGGACGAUCGUGGACCACAUGUGGGAGCGGACGGCGGCCACCGUGGUGUGCAGAGAGCUGGGCUUCGGUACCGCCAAGGAUGCACUGCAAGGCGCCUAUAUGGGUCAAGGGAGUGGACCCAUCCACAUGAACAGUGUGCAGUGCACGGGGACAGAACGAUCCAUCCUCGACUGCUUCUUCCAGGAGGUUCAACCGUGGAUGUUCAAACAUAGCCAGGAUGCUUCCGUGCGCUGUAACGUUCCUAAAACUGGCACAGAGUACACGGUGCGUCUGGCUGGCGGCAGGGUGCCGUCAGAGGGUCGAGUGGAGGUGCUGAUGGAGGUGGGCGGCCGCAAGCGUUGGGGUUCGGUCUGCAGUGAGAACUGGGGCAUCAAUGAAGCCAUGGUGGUGUGCAGACAGCUGGGUCUGGGAUUUGCUGCGAGUGCACAUCAGGACACCUGGUACUGGUCCAGCGACCCAAAUGCCGCCGAGCUGAUCCUCAGCGGAACUCACUGCGUUGGCACCGAGUUCUCCGUUCAGCAGUGCCGCCGUAACGACCAUAUGCACUGUCCACGAGGCGGUGGACCGAAGGCGGCUGGCGUCACCUGCUCGGAGACGGCUCCCGACCUCGUUCUGGAUGCCCAGCUGGUCCAGGAGACGGCCUACCUGGAAGACCGACCGCUGCACCUGCUGAGCUGCGCCAACGAGGAGAACUGUCUGUCCUCCUCCGCCGCCCGCAUGAACUGGCCCUACGGCCACAGACGGCUACUGCGCUUCUCUUCGCGCAUCAUGAACCUGGGACGCUCCGAUUUCCGACCCAAAGCGACGAGAGAGAGCUGGACGUGGCACCAGUGUCACAGGCAUUACCACAGCAUCGAGGUUUUCACACAUUAUGACCUGCUGACUCUCAACGGCACCAGGGUCGCAGAAGGACAUAAGGCCAGUUUUUGUCUGGAGGACACGUUUUGCCCUGACGGUGCCCAAAAGCGCUUUUCCUGUUACAACCUGGGCGACCAGGGUAUCUCUGUGGGCUGCUGGGAUACCUACCGCCACGAUAUCGAUUGUCAGUGGGUUGACGUGACGGACGUGCGGCCUGGAGAUUACAUUUUUCAGGUGGAAGUCAACCCCUCAAUGGACAUGGCCGAGUCGGACUUCAUGAACAAUGUCAUGCGCUGUCGCUGCAAGUACGAUGGCCACAGAGCUUUCAUGUACGGAUGUCACGCGGGCGACGCUUACAGCGCAGAGAUCGAAGACCUUUUCGAGCACCAGAGGCAAAUCACCAACAACUUUGUGUAGAGACACAAAAACCUUGCGGACGCUGCUCAAGGUGGGCUGAGGGCGAUGCCUCCAAGGCCCCUUGGGAAGCUGACGGGAGCACCCGCAAGAGCAAAGAAAAUGGAAAAAGCUGCCUGGCUUGACAGCAGAUCAAACGUCACAUCGAUGAGACUCAAGUAGACAGACCGACCACAAGAACGGCUCAUGCAGCUUUUUGGCUGUUCAUGACUGUAGUUAGGUAUGUUAAUAUAUUGAUUUAAAAAAAAAAGUGAACGUGGACUACUUUGAUUUUUCAAAACGUACACAACUGAAUUACUAUUGAAUCGGUCAACAAGACAACGGCGGAGUACUUGGGAAAGCUUGUACCCAAUAUAAGAUAUAUCGAUCGAAUAUUGUUCUUUCUGUUGCAAAUCGAUCUGCGGGGCGUUUUAGAAACACUUAUUGGAUCAUUUAUGGAUAUGAAAAGGUGCUUUGGAAUUUUACAUCGGUAUAUCAGACAAUGUGGGACAGUUAUUUUUUUUCAUAAGAGUGAUAUUAAAUCAGUCAUUUAUUCCUUGACUGUAACAAUUAUCAUCCAACAAGUUUUUAGUACUAAUUUUAUGUAACAAAGCACUUUAUCUUUUUUUUUGCAUCAAUAUUCUUGUAUUCGUCUUUUCAAUCAGCGACCAAUACCGAUCAAUCCGAAACUUAUCGUUUUUCUGAAUACAGUGAAUUAUAAAGUUAGUGUUUUCAUAUGCACAUGUAGUAUUUAUACUGAUAUUUAAUUUAUUCAGAGGGCUCACGCAACAUAUUCAGCAAGAGGUUUGCUAGCUAGAAUUUUUUUCCCUUUCCAUCAUCCGUAGCUGUGGGACAUUUAUAAGACUCAGAGGAAUGAUUCUAUUUUAAAUGUGGUUAUUAAAACGCAAUCUAUCUAUAAAGGCCUUUUAAUUAUGUCUGUUUGGUUUAGUUUUAAGGUUACGACGAUAGCGUGUGCUUUGAUGUACACUGUGGAACAGCUGCCUGCCUAUAGAAUUAUGGAGAAAAAAAAGAGGCUGACAUCAUUUAAGAGGAAGAAAAAGAUGAUUCAAUUUUUAGAAAAAUCCGUUCAAUUUUAUAUAAGUAAAGUCGAAAUAAGAGAAACGCAUCUGGAAAAAAAAUGCUUUUUAUUUUUCAAGAAAAAGACAAGAUAACUAAGAUACAUCUAUGAAAAUAAAAUGGCAAAUACUAACCAACGACUCUUCUCUCCAAAAUGUACAACUUCUUUCUCGUGAUCAUACUCUUACUUUCAAACUUGACAGUCAUUCAACUGCAUUUUGCAAAAUACGAAUCAUUUGCUGAGUUUAUCUUGUUGUAAAACAACCGCGGAACAUCCUAACAACCAUUUACAAGAAAAUUGUGUAAAAUUCAAAUCAAUAAAUAAAAUGAUAAAAAGCACAUUUUUCAAUCUGUUUAUGAAAAAAGGCAAAAGCGAGUUUCUACUCAUAGGGCUCAUCCUUCCCUUCGGUUAGCGCACAAAAUUAGCCUUUCAUUUGCUUCCAAUUCAAAGUCAACACAACAUUACGCCAAACAGAAACACAGGCAGACUUAAAAAGGACCGUUUGCUCUUGCUUUGUGCUUCUGUACGAUUGCUGUUUAUUGUCUGUUCUGUGUGUUAUUUAAAAUUAUAUGGGUCGAUCAUGGGGUUCAAUGCUCAUCAUAUGACUGGAUGUAAACCCCCCGCUGUAAGUGUAGCCACCCGAUGGCCAGCGAAGAGUGUGAGCCAAAUGGUGCUUCUUGAAAAUCUCCCCCCUUCGUAAAAAGCUGAGCCUCAGUGACUUGGACCUCAUUGAAUAUGUCUCCAUGUGAUUGGUUGCGUUUUGCUGUGAAGCGCACUGCGCACACACACGAUGCUCACCGUCUGUACCCCAGUUUUUCGUUAUCUUGUGCAAAUGUAUAAAGGUGAUCAUUGUAUUUGUGCUCAAAGAAACACGGGAUGAUGAGUGUGGAUAAACACUGGCUGAGUCACUUCAAAUCACCCAUCCAUACAUUCACCAUGACUGUGAAUUAAUAAAACUUCAUUGUCAUACACAAAGUUGUCGCCUGCUUCGUGUCUCCUUGCUGUUGAUUUCUGCCAAAGGUUUUGUUCAUUCGUGAGGACUUG